ACAUGGGCAAACUUCUCAAGAAUUCCAUUAUUUGCACUGUCAUUACAGUUGCACUUCUCACAGGCAUCAAUCAGUUCUGCACCCACUUUUCCAUUUCUUUGCCUCUUAAAUCCCUUUUUCUUACCAUCCCAUUACUUGUUUUGGUCAUUCACCUUCUACGCCCGAAAAAAUCAACUGAACUCCCACCAGGGCCGCUUUCGAUACCCAUCUUUGGCAAUUGGCUUCAAGUAGGCAAUGACUUGAACCAUCGUCUCCUAGCUGAGAUGUCAAAAAAAUAUGGUCCUGUCUUCUUGCUCAAGCUUGGCUCAAAAAACUUAGUGGUAGUAUCAAAUCCUGAGCUAGCAAACCAAGUUCUACAUGCACAAGGUGUAGAAUUCGGUUCUCGCCCCAGAAACGUUGUGUUUGAUAUUUUCACAGGCAAUGGCCAAGACAUGGUGUUCACCAUCUAUGGUGAACAUUGGCGAAAAAUGCGACGAAUAAUGACUCUCCCAUUUUUCACUAACAAAGUUGUUCAUCAGUACAGUGACAUGUGGGAAGAUGAAAUGGACUUGGUUGUUCAUGACUUGAGAACUGAUGAAAGAGUGAGCAGACAAGGGAUUGUUAUCAGGAAGCGUUUGCAGUUGAUGCUGUAUAAUAUCAUGUACAGGAUGAUGUUUGAUGCAAAAUUUGAUUCACAAACUGAUCCUAUGUUCAUUCAAGCAACUCAGUUCAAUUCAGAGAGAAGCCGUUUGGCUCAGAGUUUCGAGUAUAAUUAUGGAGAUUUUAUUCCAUUGCUCAGACCAUUCUUAAGAGAGUACCUGAAGAGGUGCAGGGACUUGCAGAGGAGAAGACUUGCAUUUUUCAACAAUUAUUACGUUGAGAAAAGAAGGAAAUUAAUGGCUGAAAAUGGGGAAAAGCAUAAGAUAAGCUGUGCCAUCGAUCACAUAAUUGAUGCUGAAAUGAAAGGAGAAAUCAGUAAAGAAAAUGUGCUAUACAUUGUGGAGAACAUCAAUGUUGCAGCAAUUGAAACAACUCUGUGGUCCAUGGAAUGGGCCAUUGCUGAGUUAGUCAAUCAUCCACAUGUUCAAGACAAGAUCAGGGAUGAAAUCUCAGACAUCCUCAAAGGAAGGCCAGUUGCAGAGUCUAACCUUCAUGAAUUACCAUAUCUACAAGCCACAGUCAAUGAAACACUAAGAUUGCACACGCCAAUACCUUUACUUGUACCCCACAUGAACCUUGAAGAAGCUAAACUACGAAAUUACACCAUACCAAAAGAAUCAAAGGUCGUGGUGAAUGCUUGGUGGCUAGCCAAUAAUCCUGCAUGGUGGAAGAACCCUCACGAGUUUCGGCCGGAACGGUUUUUGCAGGAAGAAAAUGGUACUGAAGCUGCAGUCGCUGGUGGAAAAGUUGAUUUUAGGUAUUUACCUUUCGGUAUGGGUAGAAGAAGCUGCCCCGGGAUCAUUCUAGCGCUGCCAAUUUUAGGGCUAAUAAUUGCUAAACUGGUAACAGAAUUCGAAAUCCAGGCUCCUCCUGGUGUGGAGAAGAUUGAUGUGAGGGAAAAAGGAGGGCAGUUCAGCUUGCACAUUGCGGAACAUUCCACUGUUGUAUUUAAGCCAGUCAAGGCAUGAUAUGCUUCUUUUUUUUUUUUUUACAUAACAGCACAUCUAGUCAAACCUAACCUACUCCUACUCCCACUGGAAGGAGGGAGCCUACUCUAAGAAGUGGCCCAACUGAAUCGGAAGAAUCUAAUAAGAACUGAACCACUAUCAAACCAGACGAAUACUUCACGGAAUAAGAACUGAACCACCAUCAAACCAGACGAA